GUGCUGACUAGUGAGUUUUCCCUCCCUCCUAUAAAAGCCCAGCACUCCCGCUCCUGCUGCAGUCAGUUCUCAUCCGGCACAGCCAACAUGAGUUUCACGGUAGAGCACCACCUCUUCGGCCCGACUUCAUACCGCAAGGCUCGGCCUUCCACCAUGUCCUCCAGCGGCUUUCACUCCCAGCGCCGCCACCUCAACUACAGCCAGCCACCCACCGUGGACAGCUUGGACAACUUCAACGGCGACAUGACGCGAAGGAACGAGAAGGAGAUUCUGCAGACCCUCAACGACCGGUUCGCCGGCUACAUCGACAAGGUGCGCAACCUGGAGAUGCACAACCGCAACUUGGAGGCAGAAGCAGAAGCUCUGCGGCAGAACCAGGCUGGGCGCAGCUCGGUUGGGGACCACUACGAGAGAGAGCUGGGCGACCUUAGGGGUCUCCUGCAGCAGCUGACCGGUGAGAAGGCCCGCGCAGCUUUGGAGCACGAGCACCUGGAUGAAGACAUCCAGCACCUGCGGGUGAGGCUCGAAGAUGAAGCGCGAAACCGGGAAGAGAUGGAGGCUGCUGCGCGCACCAUGAAAAAGUAUGUCGAAGAGUGCCGGCUGGCGCGAAAGGAGCUGGACAAGAAGCUCUGUGCCCUGGAUGAGGAAGGCGUUUUUCUGAAGAAGAACCACGAGGAAGAAGUGGCAGAGCUCCUCGAGCAGAUUCACGGCGCUCAGGUGAGCUUCGACAUGCGAGACACGAUGAAGGCGGACGUCACCGGCGCACUGCGAGAGAUCCGCGCGCAGCUGGACGGCCACGCAUCCAAGAGCUCAACACACGCAGAAGAAUGGUUUAAAGUGCGUAUGGAGCGUCUGUCUGAUGCAGCUCGGUCCAACCACAGUGCCAUUCGUGGAAGCCAAGAGGAAAUCGGAGAGUACCGCCGUCAGCUCCAGAGCCGCACUAUUGAGCUGGAGACCCUUCGGGGAACCAAGGAUUCACUGGAGAGGCAGCGUAUGGAGAGUGAAGACAGACACCACGAUGACCUCAACUCCCUACAGGAGACCAUCAAUCAGCUGGACAAUGAGCUGAAAACCACCAAAUGGGAGAUGGCCAGCCAGCUGAAAGAGUAUCAGGAGCUGCUGAAUGUGAAGAUGGCGCUAGAUAUUGAGAUUGCUGCUUAUAGGAAGUUACUGGAGGGAGAGGAGAAUCGCUUCAUUUCAGGAGGAGGUCCGUACUCUUACCUGGAGAGCAGAAUCCCUUCCCACUUGAAAAUGAAAGGAGAGGAGAUCUCAGACACAGUCAUCGUGGAGGAACAGACAGAUGAGACCCAGGUGACAGAGGUGACAGAGGACGCAGAUGAGGAGGAAGAGGAGGAAGAGAAAGAAGAAGAGGAAGAAGAGGAAGAAAAGGCUGAAGAAACCAAAGAAGGGGAGGAAGAAGAAGAAGAUAAGGAUGAAGAGGGAGAGGGAGAAGAAGUGAAGGAGGAAGAAAAAGGAGAAGAGGAGAAGGAUGAGGAAGCAGAGGAGAAAGGAGAGGAAAAGGAUGCAGGCGAAGAAGAAGAGAAGCCCAAAUCUCCAGAACAGGCUGCAUCCCCUCAGCCUAAAUCUCCUGUUGUCAAAUCUCCAGAAUCUAAAUCUCCACAAAAAUCCCCUCAGUCUAAAUCACCAGCAGCCAAAUCCCCAAUGCCCAAGUCACCUGCAGUCACAUCCCCUGCAGGAGAUGAGUCAAAAUCACCUGCAGCCACAUCCCCUGCAGGAGAUGAGUCAAAAUCACCUGCAGCCACAUCCCCUGCAGGAGAUGAGUCAAAAUCACCUGCAGCCACAUCCCCUGCAGGAGAUGAGUCAAAAUCACCUGCAGCCACAUCCCCUGCAGGAGAUGAGUCAAAAUCACCUGCAGUCACAUCCCCUGCAGGAGAUGAGUCAAAGUCACCUGCAGUCACAUCCCCUGCAGGAGAUGAGUCAAAGUCACCUGUGUCAAAAUCCCCACCCAGCAAAUCCCCUGAAUCUAAAUCUCCUCGUCCUACAUCCCCUGAACCAAAGUCUCCAGAAAAAGAGAAGGCCAUGCCUGCCGCCGCUAAAGACACCCCUAAAGACACCCCUAAAGACACCCCUAAAGACACCCCUAAAGAGGAGAAAAAAGAGGAGAAGCCUCAGCCUGUCAAGGAGGAAAAGAAGGAGAAAGAACCAGUGAAGGAGGAGAAGAAGCCCGAACCCAAGGAGAAAGAGCAAGAGAAAGAAGAUAAACCUGAUGCAAAGAAAGAGAGCAAGGCAGAUGAAGUGCCAAAGACGGAUGAUGCUUUGAAACCCGCUGCUCCCAGCAAGCCCGCGGAGGACAAACCUGCCCCCAAGUCUGAGCCUAAAGAGAGUGCACCCCCCGCCAAGGAGGAGAAACCCGCUGCUCCUAAAUCAGAGAAGGCCGAGCCAGAGGCAAAGCCUGCUCCUAAAGCAGAGCCUGAGAAAGCAGAGAGCAAGAAGGAGGAGAAGAAGCCAGAAGAGAAGUCCGCACCUAAAGCUGAACCCGAGAAAACAGAGAGCAAGAAAGACGAAAAGAAGCCAGAGGUGAAAAAGGAAACCAGUAAAGAAGAGAGUAAGGAGGCGAAGGAUGGAGGGAAGGCAGAGAAAUCCUCCGGCACAGAGUCAAAGGAGAACAAGGAGGAGAAGGCCAAGAAGUAAGAAUAGUAAGCUGUGAUUCAAGGCACAAGGAGAGGAGGAGAUGCCAAAUAACUAUGAUGGAGGGAAGAAAAGCAGGGUAAAGAGCAGGAGAAAGGGGCUGGAUGCACCCAGCUGUUAGGAUGGGCGCUUAAAUGUCCAAAGCAAAGCAGGUUAAUGGUAUGUAAGCAAUAGUGAUAUCCGUAGCAAAUAACCCACUGCUCCCUACGUAUGGCCACUACACCCCCCCCCGAUGCUUCUGAUGUAUGACUGUAGUGAAUGCAGAAUGCUCUAAACUCUUUAUCUGAAUGUGACAACUGCCCUUAAUAAAUAACAAGUGCAUUUAAACUGAAUCCUGCUGAAGGGGACCGCAGGGACCUGCUGUACCUACACAAGCCUUCAAGGGCAGAGAUGUCAAAACAAUGUCAAGCUAAAGAUUGUGACAUAUAUUAUAUAUAAAGCAUAUAUUUAAGGAGAUACAAAUGUCUAUAUUAUAUUUACAGAUACAUCCGUAAGAAAGACUUGAAUCUUUGCUUGUUGUGCACAUUAAUGCAGCUUCUCCUGACAGGUGAACUGCAGUGUAUCACUUCCUCUGGUCUGCAAUGCUAGGACAAUGAUGACUAUGUGUUAUGUAUUAACUGCUGAGAAUAUGCAAUAUGAAACUGACAAAUAAAGAAUGAAAAA